CACCACUCUGCGUAAGCAGGCUGAGUUUUAACGGUAGUGCAGGGCGCACAGGAAGUCACGAUGACGGGGAACUCGGGGCCUCUGCAUCGAUCGCAGACGCUACUGGCUCAGCUCGUCGUGCUACAGGGCUACAGACGGCUCGAAGGAGCCAGCGGAGGAGAGAUCGCCAUGGACGAGGACGUCAGGAAGAAGGGAGUACUGUACAUUCAACAGCAGAGGUUUGGGAAGAAAUGGAAGAAGGUGUGGUCCAUCAUCUACAGAGAGAGUGCCUGCUCCAUCUCCCGGAUGGAGUUCUUUGAGUGCAAAGACAAUGCGGUCAGCAUGGAGAAGGCCGACAAGACCCUCCGCAAGCAGGAGAACAAGAAGGUCAUCAAGCUGAGUGACUGCAUCCGGGUGUCGGAGGUGGAGAUGGACUGCCCCAAGGACUGUGGCCCCUUCCUGGUGGAGACCACCGAGAAGCUCUUCGUAUUCGCAGCAGAGAACUCUGAGCUGGAGGACUGGACCCAGAAGCUUUGUGAGAUUGCCUUCCCUAUGAACUGGAGUGAGCGCGUGGUGCCCAAGCGCAGCAGUAUCCAGAGGGGCCCCACAAGAGGGGACCCAGAAGAGUCCACAAUGGAGGAGAACUCUCUGUACUGCAGAGGAGACCAUGCCUUAAGGGACUUCAAGGUGUUGGUGAGGAAAACGGAGGCCUCGGAGAGGUGCAGGUUACGUGGGUCCUUCUUCCUGCGUGCCGAUUUCGACAGCCUCAUCCUCAUAGACUCAAAGUCAGGCGAGAUGCUCUUCGCCUGGCCCUACCGCUACCUCCGAAGGUUCGGUCGGGACAAGGUUACUUUUUCCUUUGAAGCGGGACGCCGAUGUGACACCGGGGAAGGAAACUUUGAGUUCGACACCAAGCAGGGGAACGGCCUCUUCCAGGCAGUUGAGACGGCCAUCAACAUGCAGAAGAACACCUACGCCCCUCAGAGGCAGGCCUCGGGAGGGAUGGACAUGGAGCCCGCCCCCAGACACCCGAUCACGAAGGACAGCUGCGUCUACAGCACCAUCAGUGAAGCCCAGAUGAGGGACAGCCCCGCCCCACUACAGGGCGCUAGGUCCAGGCUGGACCUGCCCAGCGACAAACUGCUGACCGGAGUGAAGAGCCUGACCCUGGACACCAGGCCGCCCCCCCGAAAGAACCAGGUCAAGACUAUCUCAAGCUGCCCACUCCUCAACAGCGAGGACCAGGCCUAUUCCCACACCUCCAUGACACGGGACCAGGGGGAGCCGGAGGAGGCCAAGCCAACAUCCGCAGCUCACGGCAGGCAAGGUUCCCACGACGAAUACUCCCUCCCUUUUGACACUAUCAGCAAGAACCUGAUGGCCUGCUUCCUGGCCGCUCAGACGCCCCUGGCUGGGGAUGCAGGCAACGAGAGGGACAACCGUGCAGAUGGCGCAGAGGCCCCUGAUCCCAUCUAUGACUCCAUAGACGAGAUGUCCGUCAGGCCAGUCUUAAAGACCCAGUCCCAGGUCCGUAAGCCCACCGAGUUCAAGGUGGAGCACAUUUACGAUGAGCCCGAGGGUUGCGCGGCCAUGGUAACGGAGGUCAGGGGGCCUACCUCCCUUUACGACGAACCGGAAGAGGUCAAGGGUUACGCCUGGAAAUUCCAAGGCACAGCAGUGGACCCCAGUGGCCAUGAGUAUCCCUACAACCCUCACAUUGAUGACUAUGCCGUCCCAAAACCAGCAAAAAGGGCUUUCCCUGACCUCCAGGAGGACCAAUCAAAAGAAGACGAUGACUCCCCUUACGAUAAUGUGAUGUCAAAAAUGACCAGCAGAGGAAACAGAUAACAAUGUUCCUGAAAAACCAAUUUGCAAUUUACUUAAAAAUAGUCUUUGGAGAAUUCUGUGAAUUUUACAAACUUCUGAGGGCAUUGGGAGAUAAGUCAGUUUUAUUUUGCAACAUUCAGAUCAAUUCCAAUAGUCUGUCAAAACAAUACGCCAAAAGAACAAUGGCCUUGACAUUUGUUCAAGAACAUAAAGUUGCAAUGAUGCAGUGGAUACUUUGUCAAGUCCUCAACUUUCCUUUUCCAGGAGUGAUCCAUCCCCUGUCUUACUGGCAUCAAUUUCUGUCCUUUAAGUAGCAUUACUAUAUAUGACAAAGAAAGAAUUAUUUUAAAUCCCAGCCUACUCCACUUGGGGAUAUUUCAAGAUUCCUCCAAAGGCGCAUAUUUCAUGUUCAGAAUAUAUUAUUUUGUAAAGUUAAUAAAUAAUUGUGUGCAUUGUUAUUUUAUGUAGUUAUACUAUUGAUAUUUAGCAAGAAGUGAUUUGAUUUCAUUCUGAUCAUGACGUUUGGAAUUUCACACUGAAAGCCACCCUUUUGGGUGUGUUCCCAAUAUGGGCGAAUAUAUGCACUCCCUGACCCAAACAGCCAUGCUUGAUAGGCAUGGGAAUGCACUCCACCCUGUGAAAUCCUCAGAGACAAAAAGACUUCCAGAAAAUGUUCAUAUUUGUUGAGAUGGAAUGUACUAUGUAUGGUGUUUACAUCUGAAAUUUGGUUCCUUGUUAUCUCAUUAGCGUAUACCCCAGGCUAAUAAUGGCAUCCCUUUCCCACAGCUGUGCCUCUGGCUGGUAAAAUGUUUUGCAGCUUCAUUAAUGAAUUCUGUGACCUUA